AAAAAAUUAUAGCCAUGCGAGCAAUCCCUCUGCUCAGCUGCUUGGAGAGUGCCUACAUGGUUUGUGUGACAGCACCAGCACACAGAAGCAGCACUGAAAUGCAGUUAGCAAUACAGCUGGGAGACAGGCAGCCAGGCAGGCACUGGUCCAGUGACUAAAAUGAUCGUACCGUGAGCCAGCCUGCAGUGCCUCCAAAAGUGGCUGACUGCUACACAGAGGCUCGGCUUGCUUUGCCAUUACUCCAGUUUCCCCCCGGUGACUGCAGUGUGCGCUCCGUUUCGGUUUUGUUUGCCUUUUUGUUUCUCCCUCCCACCCACCGGUCUCCCUCUCUCUCCUCCCGUGUCCUUCUCUCCAGGAUGGCGGAAGCAGAGUUGCACAAGGAAAGGCUCCAAGCCAUAGCAGAGAAAAGGAAAAGGCAGACAGAAAUAGAAGGCAAGAGACAACAGCUUGAGGACCAGAUACUUCAGCUGCAGCAUUUCAAGUCAAAAGCUCUUCGGGAAAAAUGGCUGCUACAGGGAAUUCCUGCUGGCUCUGCAGAAGAGGAAGAAGCCAGAAGGAAGCAGUCAGAAGAGGAUGAGCUGAAGGUGAAAAAGCUGGAAGAAAACAUACACAGACUGGAACAGGAAAUACAGAAAUUAGAAAGUGAAGAAUCACAAAUAUCUGCCAAAGAACAAAUAAUUUUGGAGAAACUAAAGGAGACUGAGAAAUCCUUUGACAACUUGCAAAAGAGUUUCUCCCACCAGGAUGGUGAUGCAGUAAAUUACAUUUACUCCCAGAUCCCUGAACUCCCAACCCUCUAUUCACGAACAGCAGAGCCAGUUCCUGGGUGGGACGGAUCAAGCAGAGUAGCUGCUUUGUGCACCAUGGAAAUUAAUGUGGAGAAAGACAAACAGACAGGAGAGACCAAGAUUGUCUCUGCUUCACCUGUUGGCCCAGAUGAGGCCCAUCAAAGAGGAUUCAAAGUCUAUGAUGAUGGUUCCAAGGUAGUCUAUGAGGUUCACUCUGGUGGCACAGUGGUAGAAAAUGGAGUACAUAAAUUAAGCUCAAAGGACGUAGAUGAACUUAUGCAAAAAGCUGGACAAUCAAGUGUAAAAGGAGGGUAUGAAACAAUGACUGUGUCAGACAAAAAUGUGGUAGCCGAUGGAAACCUUAGCCAUAUGAAGGAGCAAAUGCUCUUCAAGGAGGCAAAGCUAGAGAUGGUACACAAAUCCAGCAAAGGACGUGCUGUGAACCGUCAGCCACAAGACAAACCCUGUGGUGGCGAAACCCCAGAGCCCAGUGCAGAUCAGCCGGUGACAAUGAUAUUUAUGGGCUACCAGAACAUCGAUGAUGAAGAGGAGACAAAGAAAGUUCUGGGCUAUGAUGAAACUAUCAAGGCAGAGCUUGUGCUGAUCGACGAAGAUGAUGAGAAGUCACUGCGGGAGAAGACAGUGACUGAUGUUUCCACCAUGGAUGGGAACGCUGCAGAGCUGGUCUCUGGCAGGCCCCUGUCGGACACGACAGAGCCCUCCUCUCCCGAGGGGAAGGAAGAGAGCCUGCCCUUGGAAGCUGCCCCAGGUGCAGGAGGAUUGGCUAUGCUGCUGAGGGACCCAUCGGGACCAUACUCCUGUGAAAGUUCUGAAGCCAAGGAGGAUGCAGGGAAAUCUUCCAGAAUCCCUGAGGAUGACAUCAGGUUAAGAAAAAACAGAGACCAAAACUGUGCCAAUUUCUUGGAGCCAUCUACUGUGCUUGCUACAAAGGAAGAGAAAAUGGAAAUUGAAGUUCCAGUUUCUGAACAUAAAAGCAUCACCACAGUGGCUUCACCACAUCCCACAGACAAUCCAACCCACUUCUUUUCGCCUGCUUCCAGCCGAAAUGGACUUAGGGACAGGCAUGAAUCUCUGGACAGUGAAGUUGCUAAAGAGAUCAGAUACCUAGAUGAAGUGCUGGAGGCAAAUUGUUGUGAUUCUGCUGCAGACAGUACAUUUAAUGGGACAUCCUCCCCUGAACCAAGUGCAGUCUCCGUUAUGGAUGGUUCAGGAGCAUCUGCUAAUGUCAAUAAAGAGUCAGUAUCUAGUGAAAGAGAAGAAAGUGUAGCAGACAAGCAGGUAUCCUUGGAGGUUGAGACAUGUGAAGCUAAUAUAACAGAUGAGAACCUGAAAUCCAAUGGCCAUUCCUUGGGUGGUCUGAAAGAAGACACUAGGGAGAGUCUGAAGGUGCCAGGAAGUCCCACUUCUUCAAACAGUUCUAGAAGAUCCUCUAAGGAUGGAGAGACAACUCUUACAACCCUUAAGAAAGAGGCAAAGUUUGAACUGCGGGCCUUCCAUGAAGAAAAAAAGCCCUCAAAGCUCUUUGAAGAUGAGGAAGAGAAAGAAAAAUACAGAGUCCGCAAAGUGAGACCAUCAGAGGAAAUGAUGGAACUUGAAAAAGAAAGAAGGGAACUCAUUAAAAGCCAGGCUGUCAAGAAGAACCCCAGCAUUGCUGCCAAAUGGUGGAACCCUCCUCAGGAGAAGCCCCUGGAGGAUCAACUGGAUGAAGAGCAUCUGGAGUCUCACAAGAAGUACAAGGAGCGCAAGGAGAGGCAGCAGCAGCAGCAAGGUGCAGCACCAACAUCCCCUAAACAGGUCAGCUGCUCCUUUGUAUCCCCAGAGCCUGUCAGUAUCAAGAAAGAAGAUAUUGUCACAGAGCAAAUUGACUUCUCAGCUGCCAGGAAGCAGUUCCAGUUGAUGGAGAAUUCAGGUCCAUCUCAGGGUCAGGCCCCACCAAGGCGGUCAGUAACACCCAAAAUGUUCUCUGUCAAACCCUUCUACAAAAGCCUCAAUUCUCCGUGUGUGGACAGGCCGAUGUCAUCCGUGACAAGACCCGUUUCAGUGUGCGGGCAAACUGGACAGCUUGAGGGUAACAGCGCCACUGUCGCCAAAGCACAGAAAGUCUCCUGUAGCUCAGAAGAUGACAAAAGCACUCAGAAUACCACAGCUGACACAGCACGAGACUUACCUUGCAGUGAUAGCCCCAGAGCUGGACCAGCCUCAAAACUGUGGGCAGAGGAUGGAGAAUUCAUGAGUGCAAGGGCGGUCUUCACAAUGGUGAAGGAUGAUGGACAGGGAAUUCUAGAUCACUUCCCAAAGUCAGGAAGCGCCUCUUCACCGCCAGAGGAGCUUGACUCCGGUUUGGAUGACUUGUCUGUCAGGUCUCAGGACACCACUGUCUUGGAGACCCUUUCCAAUGACUUCAGCAUGGAUAACGUAAGUGACAGCGGUGCCUCCAAUGAGACCAUGAGCGCCCUGCAGGAAAGCUCGCUAGCGGAUUUCUCUCUGCCGCAGACCCCGCAGGCUGAAACUCCAGCUGAGUGCAGGGCUGAAGGCAUCUCCAAGUCCUUCAGUGACCCAGGCUGUGACUCGCCCUCCUCUGCCUUGACAGACUCCAUGCUGAUGGACGACCAGCUGGACUACCACGCUGGCCUGCUGGUUCAAAACGCCAUCCAACAAGCCAUAGCUGAGCAGGUGGAGAAAGGAAACCCGAGGGAAGAGGGAAUCCCAGCAGAGAAAGAAGUCUCAGCCAAAGAGCAGCCAGCCAGCUCUGGGCCAGCUCCAGCCUCCAAGGAGCAUCAGAACCCAACGUUUGAGCCACCCCAGGUGUCUUCACCAGUUCAAGAGAAAAGGGACACCAUACCAAAGACUUCAAAAGAGGAAGACUCAGGACUCAGGGAAGGGAAGAGUUUGCAGCAGUCGCCCAUGUACUCAGCCAGCCAGCCAUUCCUUGUGGAAGAAAGCAGACCUGAAGUCAGCUAUUUCAGCAAGUAUUCAGAGGCAGCGGAGCUUCGGAGCACUGCCUCCAUCCUGGCCACACAGGAGCCUGAAGUGACUGUGGGCCCUUUCAAGUUACGGUCGAGGAAACAGCGGACUUUGUCCAUGAUUGAAGAAGAGAUCAGAGCUGCCCAGGAACGAGAAGAGGAGCUGAAGAGGCAGCGGCAGGGUUUGCAAAUGGCACCAGGCCCUGUUACAAAGAGUGCACCACCCAUGCCCACCAGAACCGUGUCUUACAAAACUGCACCAGGGAAGAUAGAGAAGAUCAAGCCUCCUCCAUCCCCCACCACAGAAGGCCCUGCCUCGCAGUUGGACCCUCCACCCGAGGAGUCUGCAGGAGCCCAGCGACCCAAGAACCUGAUGCAGACCCUGAUGGAGGAUUAUGAAACACACAAAACCAAGAGACGAGAAAGGAUGGACGACAGUGCGUACACCUGUAAAUUACUGUCUAGCAAGGUUACUUCUGAGGUCCUGGAGGCAACCAGGGUGAACCGCAGGAAGAGUGCUCUGGCGUUGCGCUGGGAAGCUGGCAUUUAUGCCAACCGAGAGGAGGAUGAAUAACCACUCUGCAGUGUGAAGACAGCAACCAGGCAUGCCGGAACCAAAAAAAUGAGAAUGGAAGAAAGAAAAAAAAAAAGCAAACACAAAAACCAACCGUGAAAGCAGCAGCAUUUUAGUCCAAUAUUUAUUAAAUACACAACAAACUCGAUGCACAUAGACACAGAAAUGAUCCAGCUCCUGGCAAUCCUAAAACUACAGGAAAAAUACACCUAGAAAACAGCCCCUUCUUCUUCCCUCCAUCUCCCCCCUGAAAUAAUGCAAUGGAGAGGGUGCAGGGGGUGGGAGGCCUUGGGGUGAGCACAGGAGGGUGAUUGUGCCCAUGGACCAGACAGGCUGCAGGCAUGUGUCAGGAAGUGAUUUGUGGAGGAGUCUGCGGCCAGGGCUCACACCUGUAUUUCUUGCUGACUGAAUUGCCAGCCCUGCUUGUCCCCAGGACCAUGGUAGCUCCUGUCAGAACCUCCUGCAGUUCCUUCGCCUCCCACAGCCGCUGCACAAGACCGUCAGCACUAAUUCGGCACACUCUUAUCCAGCCACAAAACACAAAGAUACUGCUCUCUGUUCUGUUUUUUUGAGGAGACUGAAGGGUUGGA